CCUUUUCGAAUUGACUUAAUGCUUUGAUAACUGAAUCUGAUAGCUCUUCAACAGGAUAUCGGCCAUUGCACUCUUCCACCAUCAGCUCCUACGUCUGCUCGUCAAAACCAUAUUCAAGCGAUGAGCUUGGAUACACGCUUUCUAGACCAUCGAUCAAGAAGAUGCCAUUGAUUGACACUACAGGCUCGACGUUACUUACUCUUUUGGUGGUACUCUCCGUACUUGAUUUCACGCUAUUGCUGUUGCUGCUCUCGCACUGUCGUGGCAAAGAGGACGGGGAAGAAGAUGAUGAUGAUGCUGUAGCUGAUGAUAUUGAUGAAGACGAUGAGGCCCUUUUGCGGCUUUUUGGCAGAGCUUUCUGUGAGCGCACCGCAUCCCAGUCCGGCUGGUCCUUUCUGAAAACGAAAAUAUUCGUACACACCUUGAUUCCCCUCUCCGUAACUAACUCCGUAAACUUGCUGUUCCAGAACCUUCUUACAUCAACAUCCUCUCCACGCGAAAACUUGUCAAUUAUGUCUGAAUUUUCCUCGAUGAAGGAUUUCAAAGACACGACGCCUUUUGCUUUCGCGACAUACGCAUCAAAAUCUAGAGCACACAUUCAGUACUAUGUAUAUUCCAGCUUCCAUACGCAUUUCCAGCUUACAUUCGGUGAUUUGUUCAAAGUUAUUGUUCGCCAUUUUGGCAUGCACUUGUUCGACGUCGCUAUUGGAACCUUUGCUUCUGAGACAAGCCCACACUUAAAUUGUCACCAUCGAAACCGCCGCAGCGUUGUGACAGCCUUCGUCGGGGUUCUCUGUUCGCAUGAUGAAGCAUUCAUUCCUGAUUUUCACGUUUCUCUCUAUUGUCUUACUUCUAAUGCUGGAAAUCCCAUGUUUCUCUUAUAUUUAUCGUUUUAUACCGUGGAUUUUACACCCACAUUGUCUUUAUAG